AUCAAACCGUCUCUCUCCUCCAGAUGACCAAAUGUCAUUUUAGUUUGUUUACAAAUUUUGAAAAUUGAGUUUGCAUGUCGUGCAUUUCCGCUGUUCAAUUCAACAACCAUCACAUAGCAAGCCAUCCAGUGUACCUGUACACUAUGCAUCGAAGAACUCGUCAAUCAGAACCACCACAAAAACACGUUGAUAGCAGCUCUAGUGAUAGUGACUCCGACAACUCUGCACCACAUCAAACCGCAUCGGACGUGAUCAAUUCUUUUCUACGUCCGAGCAGAACAGUUAUCCAUGUGUACACUCCGAAGUCCCGGAAAGCUUCCGAUGUAAUAAAUUCGUUUUUGCAAAAGAACAUCACUGUGGAUCAAGCAAGUCGCUCCCAGUUCGACAGUGCUCUGGACGUAAUUAAUUCUUAUUUGCGGAGAGACAAUUUUGGGGAGAAUGGAGCUGGUGUUUCUUCGCCAUCAUGUAGUGAUAAUUCACCGUCAGAAUCGGAAUGUGUAGCGAACAAACGACGCAGACGAGUAACAGAAUCAUCCACGUCGGAUUCGGCUUCGGAAGCAGAUGAAAAUGUUGCUAAGAGACGGAGAAUUGAAAACUCCUCUAAAACCUCAGUUAUAGUAAGCACUGAACCAAUUGUUAAGGUCAGAAGGGAGCCAGGUGUUCGUUCAGUUGUUUCUAUACCUGAAGCAUCACCUAACCCAAUCAAUCGUAGUACCAGUUCUACUACCGGCAACAAAGUUUCUGGUGCUGAAGAUCCUGAGCCCAGCCAUGGAAAUCACACUGUAGUUGCCGCAUCACAAGAAGAAAGCCAACAGAGUGCAUCUGUUUCUACGACAAGAAGAACCUUACGUUCAAAUGCAUCGAAAGAGAACGCGUCUUUGGAGGAUGCCGACAGAAUUAGGACAAAUGUGAAGCCUAAGCGAAAGGCUCCAGUACUGCUGAAAAUGUCAUUUACAAGAGAAGUGUUCAGCCGAAAAACGAGAAUAAGAAGGGUCAUCGAACAACAAACGACAAUCAGAGACUAUCAAAUACCAAAAGCCAAAUACGAUCGUGCCUUGGAAAUGCUAAAUGCUACUGAAUGUCGAUACGACGAAACGCCUGUCGACUACAAUGCACCGAAACCGUGGUACGAUUUUCGGCAAAGUUGUAACGGUCGACGACAUGCCGAAGCAACGUAUGACACUGAUAAGUUGGGCACGUCUGCACUGAUAUCAUUGACGAGAAUCAUCUUAGAAUUGGACAAUUGUUUGAAAAGGGAGAAUUGGUCGCAAAUGGCCGAACUAGUUUAUUUCGGCUGCAGUCACAUGAAGACGGAUCACAUCAGGAGGGCUAUUGGUGGCGCAUUUUUUACGUAUGCCCUUCUGCUGUUGCUACUGGAUUCGUCUCCGGACUCAAUUUCAACGUUGGCCGGGAAGAGAAUCGAGAUUACGAAAUUUUUGACAGCGCUGGGUAACGAACCAGACGAAAUUGAAGAAUUUCUGAAUCAAUUGCAUCUUGUGAUGAAUGAAAGCGACACAGCCGAUGGCUUGCUGACGAUUAAAUCCGAGGAAGAGUGAAAUGCCAUUUCAUCGACGUACGUAUAGUAUUUUCGCUCAAUUAUGUUUAAACUUGUAAAUAACUUGUAAAAGUAAGGGUUUAUGGGGGGUUUGGGACUUUCGGACAAAUAUCGAAACGACACAAAAUAAAGCAAAAACUUUCGUUAAAUCAGGCCAAU